UUACAAGUGUAGCGGUUUCUGAAGUUUAGAACGUUCAACAACUGCUACAAUGUUUUGGUGUUGAAUGAAACAAUGUCGCUUCAGACGCGCAGUGUAACAGUUUCUAUUCUAUUUUAGAAUGCAACAAGAUGAAGGGAGUGAGAGAAGUUUGUGCCUUAUAAGUGUCUUAUAAGAGAGUUUGUGCUGAGUGAGUGAGUGAGUGAAUGAGUGUGUGUGUGUGUGUGCAGGAGUCUAAAUCAGAGGGUGUGUUUAAAUGAAUCUCUGCAGCAUUGUAGGUAAAGGCUGCCCUCUUGUAGAGCUGUAAUGUUUGAAACUAUUAGUCAGGAGUUCAACAAGGAUUUUUUUUGGCUAGUCAUGGCAGUAUGUCAAAUUUUUGUCUCCACAAAUAAAUACGUGAAUUAAAAUCUAUGUUUUUAAUUUACAAAAAUAUCUGGAAAUUAUAGCUAUAAAUGCUACUCCAUGACAGCUAUAUUCAUCAACUUAAGAUUCAAAUAGCUUUAUUGGCAUGGUUAAAAAAAAAAAAAAAAAAAAGGCUUUAAAUUGCCAAAGCAUUGGUAACAUUAAUUACACAUUUACACACACACAAUUAAAAAAAAAAAAAAGUUUAAUAAAAUAACAAUAACUCAGUUUUACUGCGAUUUGAUGGUCUGAAACAGUGUAUACGUAUGAAUUUCUUUACAGAACUUCCAUUUUAAUUAUUAUUAUUUAUUUUUAGUGGGCUUUUUGGAAGGAAACAGUAUGAUCCGUGUGUUCCAAUGAGCUCUGGGCACCUGUGGAGUUUUUUUACUUUCCUUUUCCUGUAAAUCAAAGCUCAUCCUAUUAGUCAGCUUGUAGCCGGAGAUCAAGGUUGUGUCAGCGGGUGAGAGCGGCACGGGUGAGCAACUCAACGCAGCAUGUGUUGCCAUGGACCGUGUGUCUCGUGAGCUGUUGCUGUGAGGUGCGAGACCCGUCGUGGUGAGGAGAGCUGGCGGAAAACAGUCAAGACUAAACAAAAGCACACCUGCUGAGAUAAUGACAGGGUGUGUGACUGCGGGACGUCGUAGACGGAGUGUCUGGGUCAUUCGCUCUUUGUCUCUCCCUACUGAUAACACAAAAGACACACUCCUAAACCUUCGCCAGAAACAUGCAAUCAUGCUUCAGCAACAAGGGUGAGGAGGGACCGCCCAGCCUGGAGUACAUUCAGGCCCGGGACCUGUUCCCCCAGAAAGAGCUGGUCAAAGAAGACGAUGCUCUACAGGUCCCGUUCCCUGUCCUGCAGGGCGAGUGGGUGGAGUUUCUGGGUCGAGCGGACGAUGCCAUCAUCGCCAUCUCCAACUACAGACUUCACAUCAAAUUCAAAGACUCCAUCAUCAACAUGUAUCCUGGUGUGGACAGUGAGAUUUCUGUUCCUCUGAGGCUCAUUGAGGGCGUUGAGAGCAGAGAUAUGUUCCAGCUACACAUCAUCUGCAAAGACUCUAAAGUAGUGAGGUGUCAUUUCUCGACGUUCAAGCAGUGCGAGGAGUGGCUGAAGCGCUUGAACAGAGCGAUCGCUCAUCCCGCCCGUCUGGAGGAGCUGUUUGCGCUGGCGUACCACGCCUGGUGUUUAGGAGGAAACACAGACGAUGAAGACCAGCACCUGCACCUGUGCAGACCAGGUGAUCAUGUGCGGCACAGGAUGGAGGUGGAGGUGAAGCGGAUGGGUUUUGACAUGCAAAACGCCUGGAGAGUGUCUGAUAUCAACAGCAACUACAAGUUGUGUUCGAGCUACCCUCAGAAGCUGCUGGUGCCCGUCUGGAUCACAGAUAAAGAGCUGGAGAGCGUGGCCUCCUUCAGGUCCUGGAAGAGAAUUCCUGUGGUGGUUUACAGGCACCAGCGUAACGGGGCGGUCAUCGCCCGCUGCAGUCAGCCGGAGAUCAGCUGGUGGGGUUGGAGGAACACUGAGGACGAGUAUCUGGUGACGUCGAUAGCGAAGGCCUGUCAGCUGGACGCCGGGCCGCGGGCCUGCAGGACCAGAGGAGAUGGACCGGACUCGUCCGACAGUGACUUCGACUCAUCUCUGACGGGAUGUCCCGCUCCUGACGCCAGCGCCGCGGCCCAGAAGUUACUGAUUCUCGAUGCCCGUUCGUACACCGCCGCCGUGGCAAACCGUGCCAAAGGAGGAGGCUGCGAGUGUGAAGAGUACUAUCCCAACUGUGAGGUGAUGUUUAUGGGCAUGGCCAACAUCCACUCCAUCAGAAACAGCUUUCAGUCGCUUCGAGCGGUUUGCAGUCAGAUCCCAGAUCCCGGCAACUGGCUCUCCGCUCUGGAAAGCACCCGUUGGCUCCAGCAUCUGUCCGUCAUGCUGAAAGCCGCCACUCUGGUUUGCUCUGCGGUGGAGCGGGAUGGACGUCCGGUGCUGGUUCACUGCUCAGACGGCUGGGAUCGGACCCCUCAGAUUGUGGCCCUUGCAAAGAUCCUUCUGGAUCCCUUCUACAGAACCAUAGAGGGUUUUCAGGUGCUGGUAGAGACCGAGUGGUUGGAUUACGGUCACAAGUUUGCGGACCGCUGCGGUCAUCAGGAGAACAGUGACGAUGUGAGUGAACAGUGUCCGGUGUUCCUGCAGUGGCUGGACUGUGUUCAUCAGCUCUUGAAGCAGUUCCCCUGCCUGUUUGAGUUCAACGAGGCCUUUCUGGUGAAACUGGUUCAGCACACAUACUCCUGUCUGUACGGCACCUUCCUGUGCAACAACGCGAAAGAGCGAGAGGCUCGUAACGUCUAUAAACGCACCUGCUCCGUCUGGUCACUCCUCCGCACCGGCAACAAGAACUUCCAGAACUUCCUCUACAUCCCCUGCCAUGAUAUGGUUUUGCAGCCGGUAUGUCACACGCGGGCUCUGCAGUUGUGGACGGCCGUUUAUCUGCCGACGUCAUCACCGUGCACAGCGGCCGAAGACGCCAUGGAGAUCUACCUGAGCCCUUCGGCACAAGGAGAGGAGUUCACCUCGCGCUCUCUCGACAGGCUUCCCAAAACACGGUCGAUGGACAACUUGGUGUCUGCUUGUGAGAACGGCGUGACGCUCACUCGCACCUCAAGUGACCCCAACCUCAACAAGCACUGCCAGGAGGGACGGCCAGCGCUGGAGUCCAAUCAGCCGUUGUCGAUCCAGGACAUGCCGAUCACUGGAUUGGUCAGCGAUGAGCAGGAGUCGGAGACGUGUGAGGAAAUAGUUUCUUCAAUGUCCUGUGAGCAACAUGAGGAUGAUUUAAGGGCGGAGCCUUGUUUGACAACCCAGCCUCUGCCGUCUUUGCCCCACCCCUUAGCAUUAGAUCAGACCCCGCCUCUUACAGUUUUAAAUCAAGCCCCGCCUCAAAUCCCAAUCAGCCCCCUCCCACCUUUACCACAGGAAGUGGAAGUCAGGACUGCAGAAAUUACUUCCACAACCUCAAAUCCGCCUUCUCUUUGUAAUGGCUUUGCACACGUAGAAAACACUAGCAGCUCUCUGAACUCCGAGCUCAAACACUUUUCUCCAAUGGAGGCGUCCGUUGAGACGAUAACGGAGCAAAGCGACAGCGCUCCAGCUAGGAUUGAAUCACACAUCCCAGUUGAAGCAAAAAAGACUGAGGCCAUACGGAAUGGAGAACUCGUUUCCGUGAGAGAACGGCCACCACCUGCCGACUACGCCAAAGCAGCACGGCGUCUGAUUUCCCAAAGCCAGUUGACUGAUCUUUCCCUACUUGGAUCCCAAUGGGACAGCGUCCAGGGCCUUGUCCAGUCGGCCUGCGGUGGCGCCAUUCAGCACGGAAGCUAUCACGGCCGUCGAUUGGCAAACAAGCUUCUUCGCGCCCAAGGCGGAAGCGCAAACGGUGGGCCGUGUUGUCGUCGUGACCCUUUGCGCACUCCUGGAAGUCCGAUCCAGUCGGGUUGGUUCUCCGCCGUGAAGAACUCAAGCUACGCCGCUCUUUGUUCCUCAGCCGCCUCUUCAUUAGCAAUGGGACCGUCCUUCCGGCAGCUUCUACCCUCCCAUUCUUCACCCUCCUCAGGUGGAUCUCUGGCUCCCGCGUACCUGGACGACGACGGUUUGCCGGUCGCGGUGGACGCGGUGCAGCAGCGGCUGCGGCAGAUCGAAGCCAAUUACAAACAGGAGGUGGAGGUGUUGAGGCGGCAGGUUCGGCAGCUUCAGCUCAAACUAGAGAGCAAACAGUUCUGCACGCCGCCCUCCGAGCCGGACGUCGACUAUGAGGAUGAUAUUACGUGCCUGCGGGAGUCUGACGGCAGUGACGAGGAAGACUCUCUGUCCAAUCACAGCGAGGAUCGCUUCAGCGAGGGCAGCUGGGACCGCGUGGAGAGGAAGGACACGGAGGUGAGCGAUCCACACUCUUUCCUACUAAUGCUACAACUAAUAGCAAUCAGAGAGUCUAACACCUCGUUUCCGGACUCACAGGUCACCAGAUGGGUCCCGGAUCACAUGGCUUCUCACUGUUUCAACUGCGACUCUGAGUUCUGGAUUGCCAAGCGUCGCCAUCACUGCAGGAACUGUGGUAACGUGUUUUGUAAAGACUGCUGCCACCUGAAGCUGCCCAUCCCAGACCAGCAGCUGUACGACCCGGUGCUGGUGUGCAACACCUGCUACGACCAGCUGCUGGAGUCCCGCACGCGAGAGCUGCGCUCACAGCAGCUCAAGAAACCCAUCGCCACCGCGUCCAGCUGAGACAGCCAAUCACAGCUCGCCCAGUGGGCCGCUAAGGCCCCACGCGUGGGUGUCCAAACAGAUGCCCGUCAUUUAGAGGAAGAGCUGCUCUCUGCCUCCUUCCCCCCCCAAACGCAAGAGGAGGGCGAUUUUGAGUCCAGAUCAGCUCUGAGACUGAUCGACAUGAGGAAGACGAUGGAUGAAGUCCAAAAAAAAAUGAGCACGGUUUGUGACGGAAGGGCGUUUGAUUGAAAGCUUCUCUGGUUGAGGACAUAAACUGAACCCAACUGGGUUCAGAUGCCCAGAGAGGCAUUUCUUCAUCUCAAAAAUCAUCACACACACACACACACACACACGGCCCCCUAUGCAUCACCAAUGAAACACACACACGUAGGACAAUCACCUCCUUCCCUCACAGCCCCAUACGUGUCCACCGAGAGGCUCACUAUUUAAAAUGAAACAAGCUGCUACAGUAUUUAAAAAUGAAAUAAUUCUAAUUUUGUAUCCUUAUUAUUUUGUGCACUAUGGAGGGGAUUUGAGACCAAAAUAGAGAAAUCUGCAGUUGUUUACUUGCUGUUGUCUGCUGAUAUGCGGCUGUAUGAAGCUUGAAUGUACAAUUGUUUUGUUUAAUUUGUAUUUUUUUGAAACUGGAGAGAUUUCUGGGCUGCGGUUACUGAACAAGCUGCCAGUUUGCAUUGAUUUGAUUGCAGUUUUGUGUUGUUUAAUGGGGCAGUGCACAGAACCGAUGGGUUUUUUGUUGUCCUUUUUUGAUUUUUUUUUUUUUUUCAGCCACUCCCUUCAAAAUGGCGCUUUAGCUGAACUGUGAAAUGUACUUUUCACUUGCGUUUUAUGUGAAAUGCACCACUUUUAAAUGCCAAAAUCGAACUCGAAUUCCAACAUGUCAAUAAUAUAUAGACUUCCAUGUUCAUCUGGCUGGUUGAGCGUCUGUAGCAGGAAGAAAGAAAGAAAAAAAAGAACAAGCUGAACAUUUAUGCACCGUUAAUGUGUAUGUUGUUGUUGUUGUACGUUACGGUAAAACUAUAGCCAUGUUGCACUGCUCUAUUUCAGAAACUUUAGCCAGAAUACUAGUGUACUAGUUUCUUUUCUACAACUUCAUCUGAACAAACCAAUGACAGUAAUUUUACAAUAUUUAAAUUCAGUCUCACACAUGUGGAUCAUUGGAAACUGGUGGCGAUUUAAAUGACUUUUGUAUUCGAGGGUUUCACGGUUGCGUCUUUUUUCGCUCCUGUUCUCAGAAAUGUGUCUUGUGAACAUCACACAAUAGAAAUACAUAUUCAAAAUAAGUGCUAUGAUUUUUUUUUCUUUCUCCCCUUUCUUUCAUGUCGUCUGCGUCUUCAGGCCUGGUUCCCUUGUGUAUUGUUAAUAACGGUGAACCUCUCAACAGUGCCAUGUGUUUUUGUUUUGUUUUUUCUUAUGGAUUCACUAUUUGUAACUUUAACAUGUUCAAUGGUACUAUAGCUAGAUGCUUAACAAUGAGAAAACGAUCUGUUGAGAAUCGAUGUUGGGUUAAAAACAGGAUAAACACUGAGAACAGGUUUUGGUUUUGUCUGAUGGUUUAAUUUUUCUUUUUUCAUUGUGUUAAUGAAGGACACAUUUUGAGUUAAAACAUUAAAAAGGAACCCAGAAAUGUGAUGUAUAGUUAUUUGAUCUGUAAUAGUGGCUAAAAUUUGUCACUUAGUGAAUAAUUGUUGUAAAGAUAUGCAUUGUACAAGUUCAAUCCCAUGGGUUAAAUAAAAAGAUGUCUUUAUCAGC